AUGACGUUGUAUUCAGAAGAAAGUGCGAAUUCAAAUCUUCCCCAUAAUCUUCAUAAACCCCUCACCACGACCCUUCCCAGUCAAACUUCAACCUUUCCCAAAUCAUCCAGAUUCUUUGACACAUCAGCUUUACCGGACCUAAAGCAUCUUGAAGUUAGUGAUGACGAGCAUCGCCAAAUAUUGUUCAAUGGUCAGAUUUCGAACUUCAACUAUAGCCCGUUUAAUAUAUCUCAACAAAAGUCAAAGGCCUCGCCUCCCAUAAACUAUGACCUGAUACCGAACAAAUUCUUUAUUGUUCCACCAAAUCGUGAGGAAUCCAAUGAAAUCCCAUUCUUGCAUCUCAACGAAGAGCUAGCAAAGGAUCCUAUAUCAUUGAUUGAUAGUCUUCUGGAGAUAGGGAGAAAAUAUGGUGCUGUAAAGAUCAAACUCCCUGCAAGGGAUCAAGCAUUAUUCCAAACGGCCAAUCAAGUCAAUUCUGACUUGUUUUGGUUUCACACCGAUAAGUUGUUAAACAAUCCACGGAAUGAUGAACUUUUAGUGAGAUUAAAGUUUCACCGUGAUUUGCGUGAUUUCCACCAAAGCGACCAACACCAUUACUAUGAGGACGCUGAGACAAAAAGGGCCAAGGAGAAAAAUGGUACAAGUAGUUUACAGUUUCACCUCAAUAAAUUGCCAAUGAUUGAUAAACGGCCCUUGGAUUUGUAUAAACUAUACCAGUCUGUGAUUAUCCGUGGCGGUUUCAUUGAAGUUAUAAAUAAAAAGCUUUGGGCCCAGAUUGGGCGAGAGUUGGGCUAUAAGGGUAAAAUAAUGACAAGCUUAAGUAGCUCAUUGAAGGCUUCUUAUCAGAAGAUUUUAUAUCCUUAUGAGUUGUACGUUGCUAAUCGAAGUAUGGAUUCGGUGAAGGAGGAGCUGGCCGUAGAAACAUUGCUUCCCGGUGGUAAGCGAAAUUUACAACCAGUGGAUAUGUCAGAAAAGAAGUUGAAAGAGGACAGUCGGUAUUAUGCUCCCCUUGUAAUUGGAUCAGCAAAACAAUUUAAACGUCAAUUUAGGACAAAAGUUGCAAAAGGAUAUUUGGCAAAUUCUCCCCAUCUAAUAGACAUAAAGCAGCCAAACACUUAUGUUAUUAAACAUAAUGACAAGAAGAAAAACAAGAAAUCUAUAGACAUUGUUAAUUCAUUCAUAACACCUCAAGCUUUACUUGAAGCGAGUUUGACAUAUAUUCAGGGGCAUCAGGAUGGGUCAUCUUUAACUGAGGUACCCAAAAUUGCAUCCUCCUACACUUUGAGACAAUUCAUGGAAAAGGAUAUAAAGUUUCAAGAACACAUCAUUCAACAAAAUAAGCAUCUAUUCCGUGCCACGUCUGGCCAACGGGACUGUAUAAAUUUUGAAGACCUUGAAAGUCUAUACUGGAAAUACAUCAGAAACCAAGAUAUUGAACUGGUGUUUGCUAAUGGAAUUGAGCUUGAAAUGGGUAAAGACUUGCCGAGCUCCAUCCAUGGAUCAGGAUUUGUGAGGAUUGGAGAUGAUUUGGCAAAUUUUAAGAAUGCCCUCAACAAUCACCAGUUGACCUUGUCGCACGCAAAGCUGGCGGUGAAUGCAAAAAACCCCAAUACGACACCACAUGGAUAUACACAUCAAAAUCCGUGGGAAUAUAAUAAGCCCAGCACUAUAGAUAGGUCGAUAGAGUCGGCAUUAUACCCUUGGAACCUUCACAAUUUCUCAACCCUUCCUAAUGCUAUACUAGGAACUUUGAAUGAGUUGGAUAUUGGAAACCGUGAGUUGACAGAGACCAGGAUAAACGUAGGAAUGACAUUUAGUACUGAAAAUUGGACUUGUGAGGACCACUUUACGCAAUUGAUUAAUUAUCAUUUCUUUGGUUCCCCGAAACGAUGGUAUUUCAUACCAGAAUCUGAAUUUGAAAAGUUUGAGCAGUUAAUCAGUGAUGCAAAUCAUGAUGUAACGUUGAGAUGCACGGUUAAUCAACAUGAGCCCGUUGAUAUAGAAAAAUUAUGUGCAGCUAUGCUUAAAUCAAACGAUGACGAAAUUGAAACAGACGUGAUAAUCAAAUCUUUGGAAAAUGUAGUGAAUGCAAGGCCCGAUAUCAAGCUAAACCACAAGAACGGGAAAUUCGUUGGGUUAUCACAACAAGAAGGUUUCAAGUAUAACCAAGACUUCAGGAUCACGCCUGAAUUACUUGAAAAACACAACAUUUCCUACACUACAACUAUACAAAAUCCCGGAGAAUUUGUCGUUAAAUUCCCAAAGACUUACUCAUCAGGCCAAUCUUAUGGCUUUAAUUUCACAGAAGAGACAAACUUCGCAUCUAGUAUGUGGUUGGAUUAUGCAUUAGAGGGAGAAAAAUGGGUAUCAAGCCAGGGUAUAUUACCCAACUUUCUGGUAUUCAAACUUCUUGUUACAAUAGCAACAAUUUACGAUAACGGUGGAUAUAUAUCCCUUAACUCGGAUGUUUUUGCAAAAGCCGCAAAACUUUAUGAGACGUUGUAUGAUAAAGAGAUAGAAUUGCGAGACAAGAUACGAAAGUUAAAAGUUAAAGAAACUAGUGUAACCGAGGACUCAUUAUCAGAUAUAAUUUCUGAUGGUAACCAUGGCGCCAUUUUCCCUUCGCGUGUUUUGAUUACUGAUAAUAACACAAAACAUUCAAUGUUAAUAUCAAUGGAAGCCUUGUUGAAGUAUUCUGCCUCACCCAAUUUCUUGGAUGAGUUUCAAGCGGAACUUCAGUUAUUCUAUUCUGAUGAUAAAUUAAAGAGUUUCCACAGAAUAUUGAGUGAAUACUCAGUGGAUUUUGAAUUAUGGGUGAAAAAUUAUGAAACAAUGAUGGCGCAGGAUACUGAAGUAACAUUGAAACAGUUUAAGCUACUUCUCAAUGAGGGUGACAAAAUAAAUUCGUCAAUUUUGUCGACAUCAGCUGCUGGUGAUCAGCCGUAUGAUUCUAAGCGAUUGAGUCUUUUCCGUGAGUAUUUAGAUAACUUGAGGUUCUUUACGUCAAGUGCAACUCAGUUUAUCGAAGAUUGUCAAAACAUUUUGUCUCUCAAGCACCAGCAGCGGAUUAGAAAUGGGCAAGAUUCAGUGCUGCAUGAGCGUGCCUUCACCCUUGAUGAGUUGUUGACUAUUGUUGAAAAAGUUUCAAAGCUAAAUUUCACCUGUCCCGAAAUUGACCAAAUUCUAGAACUCCAGACCGAAAUCGAAAAUUUUGACAAGGCCAGUCGAUCGCUAAUUGCCAAAAAGAAUAGGACUCUUCAAGAAUUUGAUGACUUGAUCAGUCUUGGUGAAAGUUUUGGCUUGGAUAUCCCGUCGUUGGACUUUAUUAUUAGAAUAAGAGAUCGAUUGAAAUGGAUUAAGACCUAUAACUUGAUUGAAAAGGGCGUUGAUCCUUUUGCUGACAGACAGGAAGUUUUUUCAAUUGACGAUUUAAAAGAUUUCUACAACAGGGGUUUGGAACUUUUGGCAGAAGGUGAUCUUGAGUAUAUUAAACUGAUUGAAAAGAUUUUGAAUCAAAGUAUUUUGUUCAACAAUGAUGUUAAAAACUUUAUGCAGUACACUUACGUACAUGACUUGGAUCUUGAAAAGUUGAAGACGAUAGUUGACAGUUUUACUCAGGACAAGUUGUUUCUAUCGAGCGACAAUUACGCUGCAUUGUCCAAACUUCAUGCAAACAUGAAAUUAAUCAGUCUAUUUAAGGAGAAGGAGAAACUAGACAAGCUGACAUAUCAUGAAAUGAAGCAGUUGUAUAAUGGGAUCAUUGACAGUGGGUUGAAGUUUGAAACAAGUGGUAUUCAAGAAGCAUUGAAGAUAGCAGAGACAUGGACAGAGAUGCAGUGGCUGAAAUUCAGCAGAGUCAAAAUCCUCACAACAAUGACCAGUUUAGUCACAGAUGAUAGAUUGAAUCCAAAAUUCACUCUUAAUGUCAGACUUGUUGAGAAACUUGAAUGGCUUCUAUACAAAUCCGAAUACAGUUUAUCUAAUGAUGACAAAUUUGAAGAAUCUUCAACCUUCCUUAGUCACCGAGAAGCUGAGACUGAUCCAAAAUAUUAUUGUAUUUGUCGCGAGUACGAGCAUGGAACUAUGGUUGAAUGCGAAGAAUGCAAAGAGUGGUAUCAUGUGCAAUGUGUUAAAGAUAUUAGUAAUCCUAAAGACGACGUAUACAAAUGCCCAGUUUGCUUAUUAUUAAGUCUGAACCAGGAUAAGGAUGACUAUCUAUCUUCUAAACUAACCUUAAAUCAAGUCAUAGACAUUUACAAUAGUGGUCGAAAGUUAAAAGCUGUCCCUCUCAACGAAACAACGGCUAUGGAAGACUUGGUUGAAUUUUUAAAAAACUACCGUGAUCGUUUCAAUUUUGAUGAAAUCUUUAAUGAGCAGGAUGAUAGAGUUCGUUUUGAAAAGUUAAAUUUUGUAUUACGAAAGUUUUAUGGGUGUGGAUUGUACAUUGAUGGCAUGCUCUUGCAAGUGUUGCAAAAUGCAAGACAGACGCAAGCAAAGAUAAUCGUGGAAAAAGCGAAACAAAAGGAUACUCAGCUUGCUUUAGCUGCAUCCGGUGAUGAGACCGAACCAGAAGCUGAAUCAGAGGCAAAUGAUGUUCUUGACAGAGGUAGUAUUGGUGAGGGUGUGCCAAUUGUUGAACAUGUCGCCAACGGGCAAUCUGCAAUAGAACUGGAUGGUAUUGAGAAGCUUAAUUCAACCCCAGCUAUUUCUGAAAACGUAGCAGUGGAUGACAAGAGUGAUAGACACUUAAGCUUUAUUUUUUACGCGCCUAAAAGUAAUAGUCAUGAAGCUAGUAUUCAAAAUGGAUGCCACAACAACGCAUCCAGUCCAAUUCUGCAAAAAGGAGGUCUGCCCGAAUCGGGUGAACUUGAGCCUACUUCAAAUGCUAAUGGAGGAAAAGAACUUACUAGUGGGUUGCCGUCAAGCGCCACACAACAGGAAGUAAAAGUGGAACCUUCAAUUGGAGAAUCUAAUCCAGUGUUGGUCAAGAUGCCUCAAACUGAAGAUGUGCAGCCUGUAGCUACACAAUCUAUUAAGGAGAGAGACACUACUGAAUAUGAGAGCCAAAAGCCUAAUGGAGUUGCAAAAACGAUGAGUUCUGACAGCUUCGAUAAUUCAAACGAUAACCAAACGCUGAUAUUAACGAGCCCCGACAUCAAAAAUAAAUUAGAAGUAAAGGAAACAUUUGCAAAAUCAUCGUGA